CGGUAGGUCGGAUUUUUUCCUCUUUUUAUUUUGUUACCGUCAUACAAAUUUACCAAAUCACCCUCAGUUUCGGUCUAAAAUUACAAUAUUCUCUCGCUCCCUCUUUCUCCUACCUCAACCUGAUUCCGUCAAUCGACGCUCGAAACAACCACCAUCGUCGAUUUUUCCGGCAACCACUAAUCCCAAAAUGGUUUGCUUAGUUUGUUUGCUUCCCCUAUUUCUCGUCCCAAUCGUUAAUGUUCUUCCUCUACUCUUCGAUUUUCUCAUGGGGAAAAUCUAUGGGGUUUUUGGUUGGGAGUAUAGGAAACCAGAGAGAGCUCCUCCAGCAUGUCCAAUCAAGCCUUCAAACAACACUAACAAGGACAAGGCAGAUGCUGGACCAUCCCCGAUAGAACCCGCUAAACCUGGAAGUGUUGAUGUCAAGCAGGAUUAAUUAAUUUUGGGCACCUCCUCUACAACAAGGUUUGAUAGAAAGGAAAAAAAAGAUCACUUUUAAUGGUUCAUAUCUGUAUCUUAUAUUAUAAUUAUUGUUGUCGUCAUCCUCAUCAUCAUAUUACUUGAGAUCGUUUAUAAUACAAGCUGGUAGCUUGGUGUAAGAUGGUAGUCAUUAUUAUUUAUCUUCCUAUUUUGUAAAAUAACUCAUCUAUAUAAAGUCAAUUAUAAUACUUUGCCCUCAA